CCGCCGAGCGGCACCAAGCUGCCGUCGGCCGUCGUGCCCGGCCCCGCUCCCGCUCCUCCCCGCGGCACCUGACACCGCGGGGCGGGCAGUGCGCCUGUGCGGCGGCCGCUGGGCGCCGCGGAGAGGAGCGGAGACCCGGCGGCAGCAGCAGCGGCAGCAGCAGGAGGCGGUGGUGGCCACCGGCCGAGGAAGAUGGCGGAGCCGGGGGCUGCGCGCAGCUACCCGCGGGCCACAGCCAUUGAUGGAUUUCUAAAAACCGAUGAAAGACAAAGACUGGCAAAGGAGAGAAGAGAAGAAAGGGAGAAAUACCUUGCUGCUAGGGAACAGCAGAUACUGGAAAAGGAGAGAAGAGCAAAACUUCAAUAUGAAAAGCAAAUGGAAGAGCGGUGGAGAAGACUGGAGGAACAGAGGCAGAGAGAGGAGCAGAAGAGAGCAGCUGUUGAAGAAAAACGGAGACAAAAGCUUAAAGAGGAGGAGGUAAGAAUAGUCAUCUACUUCUGGUCACAUAUCUGGGACACUAACUGUCAAAUGAUGAAGCACCAGCUUUCCAGCAAGUAG